UGGUUAUCCCAAUUUCCUAAUCUGUAGCCUUUACAAUUCCACUGAGUGAAGGAAAGCACGCACUAAUUUAUCUCUCUCUAAAAAACUCAUCCUCAUCCCUUUUACUUGAGAUCUCUCUCUUCUCUUUUAUGUUCUUCCCUUUCUCAUCAACAAUUCUCAAUUAUCAAUCCUCAUAAUCACCACCGUUAAUUUAUUCAUUCAUUCAAUGGCUUCCAACAACAAUCACCGUUCAAUCCCUGACCUCAACGGAACUUCCCACUCUCACCCCACACCUAAAAAACCUAAACUCUCUUCUUCCUCAUUCAUCACUCCUUCCGAGAUUCAAUCCGAAUUCUCCCACCACGACACCGCCGUCGCUCGCAUUAACAACGGCAGUUUCGGUUCCUGUCCUUCCUCCAUCAUCUCCGCUCAACACAAUUGGCAACUCAAAUACCUCCGUCAACCCGAUCACUUCUACUUCAACCAUCUCAAACCUGCAAUCCUCCAUUCCCGUUCCAUCAUCAAAAACCUAGUUAACGCCAAUCACAUCGAUGAAAUCUCUAUCGUCGAUAACGCCACCACCGCCGCUUCCAUCGUUCUUCAACACACCGCUUGGUGUUUCCGUGAAGGAACGUUUCAGAAAGAUGACGUCGUUAUCAUGCUUCAUUACGCUUACGGCUCCGUUAAAAAAUCGAUGGAGGCUUACGUCACUCGAGCCGGUGGUAGAGUAAUUGAAGUUCCUCUUCCUUUUCCGGUGAGUUCUAACGAUGAAAUUAUUACUGAAUUUAGAAAAGCUUUAGAAAAAGGAAAAUCUGAAGGUAAAAAAGUUAGGCUUGCGGUUAUUGAUCAUGUUACUUCAAUGCCUUGUGUUGUUAUUCCUGUUAAGGAAUUGAUUCAAAUUUGUAGAGAGGAAGGUGUUGAAAAAGUUUUUGUGGAUGCUGCUCAUGCAAUUGGUUGUACUGAUGUUGAUAUGCAAGAGAUUGGUGCUGAUUUUUACACUAGUAAUUUGCAUAAGUGGUUUUUUUGUCCGCCUUCGAUUGCGUUUUUGUACAAUAGAAAAAACCCUAAAAAUGAUGCUGGUGGUAGUGGUGAUUUGCAUCAUCCUGUGGUUUCUCAUGAGUAUGGAAAUGGAUUGGCUGUGGAAAGUGCUUGGAUUGGAACAAGGGACUAUAGUGCUCAAUUGGUGGUUCCUAAUGUUUUGGAAUUUGUGAAUAGAUUUGAAGGCGGUAUUGAAGGGAUUAAGAAGAGGAAUCAUGAAGCUGUUGUUGAGAUGGGAGACAUGUUGGUUAAAGCUUGGGGAACUCAUCUUGGGAGUCCUUCCAAUAUGUGUGCUAGUAUGGUUAUGGUUGGUUUGCCUACUAGUUUAGGGGUUAAGAGUGAUUCUGAUGCACUUAAGUUAAGGACACAUUUGAGGGAUGUUUUUGGAGUUGAAGUUCCUAUAUAUUAUAGACCACCUAGAGAUGGGGAAGUUGAGCCUGUAACAGGGUAUGCUAGGAUUUCUCAUCAGGUUUACAAUAAAGUUGAAGACUAUUACAAGUUUAGGGAUGCUGUUAACCAACUUGUGGAUAACGGGUUUGCUUGUACUCUUCUUUCAAAUUGAAGAGUUGAGAAGUUUCAAUAUCUUCUUUCUGAUGAAUAAAAUGUGAUUGCUCGAUUGCUUGCAAGCUUGGGUAGUUGUGAUGGUUUCGGUACCAUGGACUGCAGGUUUUGCCGGUAAACUACAGCAAUUGCUCAUAUUAGCUUUGCUGAGUAGAAUUCCCCCGUAGUGAGUAACUUCAAUAUUGAGAUCUAUGGAUUUAUCCUUGUAAAUAUAAUUGUGAUUCUCAUGCAAUCUAAUUAUCUUAACCGCCUAAUGCCAACUGCUUCUUCAGGUUUAUAUCAAAUUCUACCAUAAACUUGAGGUCUAUAUCAAAUUCUACCAUAAACUUGAUGUUUGGCAAUGAUAUAUUUAAUAAGAGUUAGAAAAUUUGAUA